AUGAAUACAAGGUACAUACCGUUUAACGCCACAGACCUCGAAAAGCUAGCAGCUUGUUCGACUUGCAAUCUUCUGAGGAUCACCAUGGCUCCCUUAGCCCUCGGCAUCUGCCGCUACGCAGUCGUGAAACAAGACAUUAUUACCGGAAGCUGGGUGCUGGCGGAACAUGGAUGUCCCCACUUGGGGAGCGGAGGCGAGCGGCAAGCGCACGAAGAACAGUGUGGUUACCGCCCCAAGGAGUGUCAGCACUGUCAGCAGAUUAUGAAAGCGCGGGAGGUGCAGUUGCAUGAAGAGCAGUGCGAGUACCGCCCCGUGCAGUGUGGCCACCUAGGGUGCAACGCUGCAUUGCCGGCGCUGAAAUUGAAUCUGCACGAGGAUGAGUGCGAGUAUCGUCUGGUUUCAUGCCCUCUCUGUGAGGAAAAAAUUGCAGUGUGCGAUAGAGAGGAGCAUAGCAAAGUUUGUAAGUACCGUCUGGUGCCCUGUCCUCGAUGUGACGUCAAGGUGGCCGCAUGCCUGGUGGAGAGCAGUCAUCGGCCGGAGUGCCAGCCAAAGUGCCCUCUGUGCAAGGAAGCGUUUCUAUUCGCCAAUGGGGAAGAACACUUCAAGGUGUGUCCAGAGGCUGUUGCCAGGUGUCCGAAGUCCGGCUGUCCGUACGAGGUGAAACGGGGAGACAUGUACGCCUUGACAGUCCAUGUGUUAUCCGCCCAUGCACCAGCAAGGCGGGUCCCGCCACCAGCUGAGACGGAGGCAGCAGAGGGGGAGGAAUCGGACGGUCUCAGUGACAGUCACCAGGGGGCUGGCCCCCUGCAAAAUGGGGCAGCGACAACCAAAGAUGCUGCACUGGUACUGAAAAGUCCAUCACUCGCUUCCGAGUCCACGAGUGGCCUUACGAGCGGCGAAGAGCCGCCGGUCGUUUCCGACCAGAACAACCAAGCUGGUGACACCUCCGCGGGCGCUCACGUCCAAUCACUGGGGCUGGACCUGUUGGCAGUCGUUGCUGAGACAAAGCAGGACCAGUUCACUACAGAAGUCUCCGCCCGGGGACAAGCCCCGACCGCAGAACCGGCGAGGGAAGGCGCUACGGGCCCAACCGCAAUGCAGGCAGGGGAAGGGGCGAAUACCGAUUCGGAACAGGAAGGCUCGACACCAGACUCAGGGUCUGCGCAAGGGGUCCGGCCAAGCAGUCCUAGCGGGGAUGACGCGAUGCAGGAAGAGUCGACCGGUUUGCGUGACGACGCAGCCAUGCCUGAGGUCCGGGGAAGCGCCGGGAGGUCUAGUUGGGGAGCGGAAAAGGUGUCAGAAACAGGGGGAGACCAGAUCGUAGACGAACGGAACGUGGUUGUGCCGGCCCGGUUCAGGGUGCAGAAGGCGGAAGAAGGCGCCCCGCCAACGCCGAGUCAGACGUCGCCGUCCCCGAUCUUGAUCGAUCACGAUGACUUUCAGCGCGAUCCGCCGGCGGUUAAGGCUCUGCAACUCCUCCGCGCCGACCGCAAAGCUUGGAGCGAGGCGGACAAGCUGAUCAAGGACGAGAAGGACCUGCUAGCCUUGGAGCGCCACGUGGAGGCCGAGGGUCGCACAGCCGUACGAUCGGACUUGCUGCGGGUUGGCCGGGUGAAGAAGCGGGAAGAAGGGGAGAGCCUGGUGAAAGUUUUGUGGGGCUUCCGCUGCGGCUUUUCGCGGUUGUUCCUGUACAUUCUCACCGGGCUGAAGGCGAACCGCGGCGGGAAGCUUUUGAAGGGACGGGUGUUCGAGCAGAUCGUCGAAGAGUUGGGGUGUUCGAGAGUCAUUCCCGACGGUUUCUGCCAGCAGUUGCAGAGCGAUAAGAAGCCCCGGGGGCGGCCCCCCAAGGACUCUGGCCCCGGCCAAGCAGAGAAACGAGCGAAAGGACUGGACGGCUUUGCACAGAAGCGGAAGAAAUUAGAUGAGCUGGGGGAUACCGACCUGAGGGGUGCGGACAGCGACUCGGAUAGUGACGCGCCGAUCGGGGAAACGCGCCGGAAGCUGUCGAGCCGGAGGCAGCAGUUGGGGUCUCGAAAGAUCCUGGGGAGCAUUUUGGACGGGAUGGAGGAAGAGGACGGCCCGCUGUUCCGGGCUAUGCUGCGGGUCGCGGACAAGAUCGAGUCCGCGCCUGACGGGGACACCGACAAGCCCAUGAAUCUCAUCCGCAUCCGGAACAAGAUCAACGGCAAGCAGCUCGACUCCACGGGUCAGCAGCCAGAGUACACGUUGCAAGAUCUUAGUGACGACAUGCAGCUCAUCUCCGAACACACGUACGACACGUGGAGCGACAAAGACGCCGAGCGGAUCGCGGAGCAGGCGCGCCGGCUGCACUUGCUGUUUGUGAGGAACCGAGACAUGACCGAGGUGAAGCAUAAGCUGGCGUGGAGGAAAGCUGCAGGCUAGGGAUGGGCCUUUGAAGUCCGCAGCUUCAAAGAAGCGACUCUAGAUGUAUAGAAACAGUUGAACGGCCUGGUGAUUAAACGGGUUGCCAAAGCUUCUCUACGGGCAAAUUAGUGUACGUAUUGGGUUACGAGGGGGUCUAAGGAAGCGGUACUCUUACCUACUGUAAAGCAGGGGUUGAUUCCACACUAAUGUGGAGCUUUUCGGGCUCGUUUCGAGGCCCGCACUUGGUGGUCGUAGUUCGAAAUUGAGCAGAGAUUGCUUUAUCGUUCCCAGAUUUUGACAAAGUACGGUUAGACGUACAACGUUGUGGCAGAAUGAAUCGAAUCGUCUAGGCGCUUGAGCUGAUUGGCAGCAAAGAAGUACCCUGCUAGCCGUUGGUCAAUGGACAUAGAGUGCCACGAAAAGACAGCCGAUACGGUACGCGGACUGCCGACUGCAAGUGACGAACAGCCCCUGGACUGAAAUAUUUGCGAAGGUUGGGGGCAUAUUGUGCAGCCGCUCCGCUUCGUCUCCGGCUUGAUAUAUGCCCACGUAAUUGGAAG